CGCAGGAGAAGACCGACGCUCAGCCGGAGCCAGCCCGCGGCGCCCGGGCCUGGCCGGCUGCUUCCCUCCACCCCAGACGCCGCUGCCGCAGGCACUGCCAAGGCGGGCGCAGAGGAACGCUCGGCCACUCGGCCCUGCCCGGCCCGGCGCGGCCCGGAGCCGCGGCGCGGGAGGUUCCCCAGGAAGCCAUCACACUUUCCUUCCCACUGUGGUUUUGGGAGCAUGAAGGCGUUGCUUACUCCCUUUGUCUGGUUCACUGUAUGUAGGCUGGGAGUGUCUGCUGAUGUCUUGGAGUGCUGUCUCCUAGAACAGGAGGAAUAAGAUUGAGAUAUUUAUGGAACACAUAUCUGUCAGCUGAAGAGGAGACAGUGACCUUGGCUUCUAAGAUUCUGCACUAUCCUGAUUCUCUGCCUGCCUCUCAGAUGUUUAAAAACCCCUUCCUUUUUCCUCCUGGAUGUGGAUGUAACCCAGGAUCCCUGCAGUGGACCAUGAGACGGUAAUGUCCACUGAGGACCUCUGGGAGCCAUGUCAGACGAAUCCGCCUCAGGGAGCGAUCCAGACCUGGACCCAGACGUGGAGCUGGAGGAUGCGGAAGAGGAGGAGGAGGAGGAGGAGGAGGUGGCAGUGGAGGAGCAUGGCAGGGGUGACGAGGAAGACCUGCUGGAUGACCCAUCCCUGGAAGACAUGUGUGGCACUGAGUCUGCCCAGCUGGGGGAAGAUGGGCAGCGGCCACCGCGGUGCACUUCAACUACCUCAUCUCAGUCUGAGCCUUCAGAGCAGCUUAGGCGCCACCAAGGCAAGAGCCUUGCCUCCGAGGACCCCAAAAAGAAGAGAGCUCAGAAGCCCUCCCACAUGAGGAGAAACAUACGCAAGCUGCUCCGGGAGGAUCAGUUGGAGCCAGUUACCAAAGCAGCACAACAGGAAGAAUUGGAAAGAAGAAAACGCCUGGAACAGCAGAGGAAGGAUUACGCAGCCCCCAUUCCCACCGUUCCCCUGGAGUUCCUUCCCGAGGAAAUUGUCUUAAGAGCAAGUGAUGGACCCCAACUGCCUCCUCGGGUCUUGACCCAGGAAGUGAUUUGUUUGGACAGUAGCAGUGGCAGUGAGGAUGAAAAAAGCAGUCGAGAUGAGGUGAUUGAAUUGAGCUCUGGAGAGGAGGACACUCUGCACAUUGUGGACAGCAGUGAGUCAGUCAGUGAGGAGGAUGAGGAAGAGGAGAAAGGAGGCACCCAUGUGAAUGACGUCUUAAACCAGCGCGAUGGUCUGGGGCGGGUCCUUGUCAACUUGAACCACCCUCCGGAGGAGGAGAAUGUCUUCCUGGCCCCGCAGUUGGCACGGGCAGUGAAACCGCAUCAGAUUGGUGGGAUCCGGUUCCUGUAUGAUAACCUGGUUGAGUCCUUGGAGCGAUUUAAGACCAGUAGUGGCUUUGGCUGUAUCCUGGCCCACAGCAUGGGACUGGGGAAAACUUUGCAAGUGAUCUCCUUCAUCGAUGUCCUCUUCCGCCACACGCCAGCCAAAACCGUCCUUGCCAUUGUGCCGGUUAAUACUCUUCAGAACUGGCUGGCAGAGUUCAACAUGUGGCUCCCAGCUCCUGAAGCCCUUCCAGCUGACAACAAGCCUGAGGAAGUCCAGCCUCGGUUCUUUAAAGUUCACAUCUUGAAUGAUGAGCACAAGACAAUGGCAGCUCGUGCUAAAGUGAUGGCUGAUUGGGUGUCAGAGGGUGGGGUGCUGCUGAUGGGGUACGAAAUGUACAGACUCCUCACCCUGAAGAAAUCCUUUGCCACAGGUAGACCGAAGAAAACCAAGAAACGUUCUCACCCGGUCAUCAUUGAUCUGGAUGAGGAAGAUCGACAGCAGGAGUUUCGAAGAGAGUUUGAGAAGGCCUUAUGCCGCCCUGGCCCUGAUGUGGUAAUCUGUGACGAGGGACACCGCAUCAAAAACUGCCAGGCCAGCACCUCACAGGCCCUGAAGAACAUUCGCUCUCGCCGCCGGGUGGUGCUGACUGGAUACCCCCUGCAGAACAACCUCAUCGAGUACUGGUGCAUGGUGGACUUUGUGCGCCCAGACUUCCUUGGCACCCGGCAGGAGUUCAGCAACAUGUUUGAGCGCCCCAUCCUGAAUGGACAGUGUAUUGACAGCACGCCUCAGGAUGUCCGCCUCAUGCGGUACCGGAGCCAUGUCCUGCACAGCCUCCUGGAGGGCUUUGUGCAGAGGAGAGGCCACACUGUGCUGAAGAUUCAUCUCCCUGCCAAGGAAGAAAAUGUGAUCCUGGUGCGACUCUCUAAGAUCCAGCGAGAUUUGUAUACACAGUUCAUGGACCGCUUCCGGGACUGUGGUAGCAGCGGCUGGCUGGGGCUGAACCCUCUCAAGGCUUUCUGUGUCUGCUGCAAGAUCUGGAAUCACCCCGACGUGCUGUACGAAGCCCUUCAGAAGGAGAACCUGGCCAAUGAGCAAGACUUAGACGUGGAAGAGCUUGGUUCAUCAGCGACUAGUGCCCGCUGCCCUUCACAGGGAACAAAAGGCAAGAGUGAGGACAGCGCCUCAAUGGGAGAGGCGACCAAUAGCAAGUUCCUACAAGGGGUCGGCUUUAACCCUUUCCAGGAGCGAGGCAACAACAUUGUCACAUAUGAAUGGGCCAAGGACCUUUUGACUAAUUACCAGACUGGUGUCUUAGAGAACUCUCCCAAGAUGGUACUGCUUUUCCACCUGAUUGAGGAAAGUGUGAAGCUUGGAGACAAGAUCCUUGUGUUCAGCCAGAGCCUUUCCACCUUGGCUUUAAUCGAGGAGUUCCUAGGCAAACGAGAAGCGCCCUGUCUACCUGGUGCUGAGGGGCAAGGAGUACAGAAGUGGGUUCGAAACGUCAGCUACUUCCGGCUAGAUGGUAGCACCCCUGCCUUUGAGAGGGAGCGGCUCAUUAAUCAGUUCAAUGAUCCCAGCAACCUCACCACCUGGCUGUUCCUUCUCUCCACAAGGGCUGGGUGCUUGGGCGUGAAUCUGAUUGGUGCCAACCGAGUGGUGGUGUUUGAUGCUUCCUGGAACCCUUGCCAUGAUGCUCAGGCAGUAUGUCGGGUAUACCGUUACGGCCAGAAAAAGCCCUGUCACAUCUAUCGCCUUGUGGCUGAUUUCACCCUCGAAAAGAAGAUCUAUGACCGUCAGAUUUCCAAGCAGGGCAUGUCAGAUAGGGUCGUGGACGAUCUCAAUCCAAUGCUGAACUUUACUCGAAAGGAGGUGGAGAACCUACUGCACUUUGUUGAGAAGGAGCCAGCUCCCCAAGCAUCCUUGAACAUAAAGGGGAUCAAGGAGCCAGUCCUGCAACUUGCCUGUCUGAAAUACCCUCACCUCAUCACCAAGGAGCCUUUUGAGCAUGAGUCAUUGCUCCUUAACCGAAAGGAUCACAAGCUGACCAAAGCUGAGAAAAAAGCAGCAAAGAAAAGCUACGAGGAAGACAAACGUACAUCGGUCCCCUACACCCGCCCAUCAUAUGCUCAGUAUUACCCCGCCAGUGACCAGAGCCUGACCAGCAUCCCUGCCUUCAGUCAGAGAAACUGGCAGCCAACACUGAAGAGUGAUGAGAAGCCUGUGGCCAGUGUUCGUCCUGUACAGUCCACCCCAAUCCCCAUGAUGCCACGGCAUGUCCCACUGGGAGGUAGUGUAAGCUCUGCCUCCAGCACAAAUCCAGCUAUGAACUUCCCAAUCAACUACCUGCAACGUGCGGGAGUCCUUGUGCAGAAGGUGGUCACCACAACAGAUAUUGUUAUUCCUGGACUCAACAGCUCCACAGACGUACAGGCAAGAAUUAAUGCUGGUGAGAGCAUCCACAUCAUCCGUGGGACAAAAGGGACAUACAUCCGUACCAGUGAUGGGCGAAUCUUUGCUGUCCGGGCAACUGGCAAACCAAAGGCCCCUGAAGAUGGUCAGAUGGCUGCCUCAGGUUCCCAGGGGCCUUCUCUCGAGUCUACAAGCAACGGCAGACACAGUGCCUCAUCACCCAAAGCCCCCGACCCUGAGGGGCUGGCCAGGCCUGUCUCUCCAGACAGCCCGGAGAUCAUCAGUGAGCUCCAGCAGUAUGCAGAUGUGGCUGCUGCCCGGGAAUCCCGUCAGAGCUCCCCAAGCUCCAAUGCUGCCCUGCCUGGCCCCCCAGCUCAACUUGUGGACAGCAGUGCUGUUCCUGGGACAGCUCUUGGGACUGAACCUAGACAUGGGGGUCAUUGCCUCAAUAGUUCCCUCUUGGUGACCGGCCAGCCCUGUGGUGACAGGCACCCAGUGUUGGACUUAAGGGGCCACAAGCGAAAGUUGGCCACACCACCUGCUGCCCAGGAGUCAGCCCGCCGGCGGUCCAGGAAGGGCCAUCUGCCAGCCCCCGUGCAGCCGUAUGAACACGGGUAUCCAGUUUCUGGCGGGUUUGCCAUGCCACCCGUCUCCUUAAACCAUAACCUCACCCCACCCUUCACCUCCCAGGCUGGGGAGAAUUCCCUGUUUAUGGGCAGUACCCCCUCCUACUACCAGCUGUCCAAUUUGCUGGCAGAUGCCCGCCUGGUGUUUCCAGUGACUACUGACCCUCUGGUGCCAGCAGGCCCCGUCAGUUCCUCUUCCACGGCUACCUCAGUCACUGCCAGCAACCCCUCCUUCAUGCUCAACCCCUCUGUACCAGGGAUACUACCCAGCUACUCACUCCCAUUCUCACAGCCACUCCUGUCCGAGCCGAGGAUGUUUGCGCCUUUUCCUUCCCCUGUCUUGCCCAGCAACCUUUCACGGGGCAUGUCUGUCUACCCAGGCUACAUAUCCCCACAUGCAGGCUACCCAGCUGGCGGCCUUCUCCGGUCCCAGGUGCCUCCAUUUGACUCUCAUGAGGUUGCUGAGGUGGGGUUCAGCUCCAAUGAUGAUGAGGAUAAGGACGAUGAUGUAAUAGAGGUCACUGGGAAAUAGCUGGGGAGCCCCUCUGCAGCUCACUCGGGGCCCCAGCAGGUUGCCCACCAAGAUGGAAGGCAGCAAUCUGGGCUUUCUGAGAAUAGGGCACUUGGCAGGAGGGAAAAGGAAGAGGACAAAGAAGGGUGGUUGACCAUAGGUGGCAGGGCUCUGUUGCUGUUUAACAAAAGAGGCAAAAAUAAUCCAACAGAGCAGCAAUAGUGGGAAAUCAGGGACCUAAAACAGGAAUGGAGAGGCAGGGCAGUCUGCCUCUCUUCCUGCCUGCCUUGCUUAUGCUGUCUGCUUGCUUGCUUGCCCAUCUGAGGGUAGAUGCUCACAUCCCAUUUCUGUCUUUGGGAACAUUCUCUCCCGAGAGAGCUGCCUUACUGGGUGAUUUAGCUUGGCCUGGAGAGGGAAGGGGAGGGAGGGAGGGUAAGAGAAGAAGGGUAGGCAGACUGAGAUUCCAUGUGAAGUGGAAUCCUUUUAGGGGGUGGGAAAGAAGCAGACCAGGUAUGUGUGUGUGUGCCUGUGUGUGUGUUUAUGUUUGUACUUACAUGUAUGUAACAGA